CGGCUCCGGCGCCGGAAGUGAGCCGCGCGGCGCCGGAAGUGGCCGGCAGAGGCGGCCUCGUGGAAUAGACGGCAGCAUGGGGCAAUCGGGGAGGUCCCGGCACCAGAAGCGCGCGCGCGCCCAGGCGCGGCUCCGCAACCUCGAGGCUUACGCCGCGCAACCGCACUCGUUCGUGUUCACGCGGGGCAGCGCGGGUCGCAGCGUCCGGCAGCUCAGCCUGGACGUGCGUCGGGUCAUGGAGCCGCUCACCGCCACCCGUCUGCAGAUCCGCAAGAAGAACUCGCUGAAGGACUGUGUGGCAGUGGCUGGGCCCCUUGGGGUCACACACUUCCUGAUCCUAAGCAAAACAGAGACCAGUGUCUAUUUUAAACUGAUGCGGCUCCCAGGAGGCCCCACUUUGACCUUCCAGAUCAACAAGUACACACUGGUCCGCGAUGUGGUCUCCUCGCUGCGCCGGCACCGCAUGCAUGAACAGCAGUUUGCCCACCCUCCCCUCCUGGUACUCAACAACUUUGGACCUCACGGCAUGCAUGUGAAGCUUAUGGCCACCAUGUUCCAGAACCUGUUCCCCUCCAUCAACGUGCACAAGGUGAACCUGAACACCAUCAAGCGCUGCCUUCUCAUCAAUUACAACCCUGACUCCCAGGAGCUGGACUUCCGCCAUUAUAGCAUCAAAGUGGUUCCCGUGGGUGCAAGUCGGGGGAUGAAGAAGCUCCUGCAGGAGAAGUUCCCCAACAUGAGUCGCCUGCAGGACAUCAGUGAGCUGCUGGCCACGGGUGCAGGGCUUUCAGAAAGUGAGGCGGAGCCCGAUGGCGAACACAACAUUACUGAGCUACCCCAGGCCAUUGCAGGACGCGGCAACAUGCGGGCCCAGCAGAGCGCAGUGCGGCUCACAGAGAUUGGUCCCCGGAUGACGCUGCAGCUCAUUAAGAUCCAAGAGGGCGUCGGGGAGGGCAACGUGCUGUUCCACAGUUUUGUGCACAAGACGGAGGAGGAGCUGCAGGCCAUCCUGGCAGCCAAGGAGGAGAAGCUGCGGCUCAAGGCCCAGAGGCAGGAUCAGCAGAACCAGAAUGUCCAGCGCAAGCGGGAGCAGCGGGAGACGCACAGGAAGAAGAGCCUGGCGGGCAUGAAGAGAGCUCGUGCUGAUGGGGACAGUGAUGCUGAGGACCCAGGGGUGCCCCCAGAGGCCGAGAGGGCUGGCCAGCAGGAGGAAGAAGAUGAAGCGGAGUAUUUCCGCCAGGCAGUGGGCGAGGAGCCUGAUGAGGACAUGUUCCCCAGGGUGACCAAGCGGAGACUGCACACGGGGCCUCCAGGCAAGAAGCAGCGGGUGAAAGAGCGGAGGCCUAACCGAGACAGGGGUCAGGAUGGUGGCCGGAGGCCUCUGAAGCCCAAGAGUAGACCCACGGGAGUCCAGGGCAAGCAGGGGCACAGAGGGACUGCCCGAGAGCGCAGCCGGGGAAGGCCACUGAAGAGAAGGGCUUGGCUGAGGGAGGGGCUGCUAGUAACUCGGGUGGAGCCUCAGCAGGGCUCGGCGUGGGUGGCAGGCCACAGGCUGGCUGAUCAGGCCAUGGCGGCCACCAUCUCAGGUGACAAGUCCUGCCCUGAGAAGUUCACAGCAGCUGCUGACCUUGUGCUUAGUAGCUACCAGCAGGACUUCCUCUGGCCUGUUCUGGUGGCUGCGUUCCUGGUGGCCAUGGCUGGCAAUGGCCUGGCCCUGUACCGCUUUGGCAGUCGGGAGCAGCGGCCCUGGAACCCAGCUGUGGUCUUCUCUGCCCAGCUGGCCAUCAGCAACCUGCUCUACGCCCUGACGCUGCCCCCGCUGGCCGCCUACUUCUACCCACCCAAGAACUGGCGCUAUGGGGACAUGGCCUGCCGCCUGGAGCGCUUCCUCUUCACCUGCAACCUGCUGGGGGGUGUCAUCUUCAUCACUUGUAUCAGCCUCAACCGAUACCUGGGUGUUGUCCACCCCUUCUUCACCCGCAGCCACCUGCGGCCCAAGCACGCCUGGGCCAUCAGUGCCACUGGCUGGGCCCUGGCAGCCCUGCUGGCCGCCCCCAUGCUCAGCUUCUCCCGCCUAAAGAGGCCUCAGCAGGGAGCAGGUCCAUGCAGCACAGACAGGCCUGAGGCCUGCAUCAAGUGCCUGGGGACAGCAGAUGACCACCAGCUUGCAGCUUACAAAGCCUACAGCCUGGUACUGGCAGGGCUGGGUGGUGGCGUGCCACUACUGCUCUCCCUGGUGGCCUAUAGUGCCCUGGGGUGGGCCGUUUUUCGCAGCCAUGGUAUGACAGCAGGUGAGAAGCUGCGUGUGGCAGUGCUGGUGGCCAGUGGUGUAGUCCUCUACGCCAGUUCCUACAUGCCCUAUCACAUCACACGGGUGCUCAACGUGGAUGCCCGGCAGCGCUGGUACACCCGCUGCCCAGGCUUUGCAAAUGAGACCCAGGCUAGGGGGGCGCUGGAGCUGGGGCCCUAUCUGGGCUUCCAGGUGAUGCGGGGCCUUGUGCCCCUGGCCAUCUGCAUACAUCCCCUGCUCUACAUGGCUGUGGUGCCCAGCCUGAGCUGUUGCCGCCAAAACUGCCCACAGUGUGUCGGAGGCCACCCAGAAGACAAGACUCCUGGCCAAGACCUGCCUCUUGAUAAUGACAAUCUCCGAACCCCAGAACCCCAGGCCUCUGAGCUGAGCCUGUGACCCGCCUGCUCUCCCCACCAGGCACUGGGACAGGACUAGAGUGAGAACCAGAGCACAGCAGGCAUCGGCCCUGACACACCAAGAGGCCUCCGAGCUGCCACUGCCUCCCUAGAGAAAGGCCUGGGCCCCUGGCCAGGGUGGGACAGCUGAAGCCCAGGCCAGCACACGAUGGAUUCCUCACCCACAGCAAGAAGGCCCCGCGGGUUUAGGGGGCCAACACCAACCUGGAGAGCCGGUGCCAUCACCCCAGGGAGGCGGCGCGCGAGAAUGAGGAGGACACACGUGGGUGCUUUGAGCCUUUUAAUGCCCUUGGAGUCCCCUGCUCUUGGAGGCUCCUUUCCGUCACAGAGGUCUAGGCUGGACAGCAGUGGCAGUGGUGACAGGUGGCUCAGUUGGUUGAUGGCCUAGAGAGGGAGGAAGUGGUGAGAACAACAAAAUGCGGGACGUGAUGGCACCCCAAGACACCCCCCCACCGCAAACAGCGGGGCUCUGGGAGAGGGGGGAGGCCAGGCAGUGUGGUGGCAGGGCACAUGAGGAGUCAGGCUAGCGGUCACAAACUGGCCUGCCAGACUGGUGGUGGGUCCCAGGCAAGGCAGCUGUCACUAAUGUCUGAUGGCCUCUCUGCCAGGUUUUUUAGAAAAAUGACAAUAAAGGACUGCCACUUCAAAACA